CUAUGAAUUCAAGCCUUAUUUUAUUGGCAGAGACGAUGCAAUGACGUCAUUAAUCGCUCUGAGAGCGAUUAAACUUGCUACAUUCGAAAAUGCUAAUAAAUUGGAACUCGUGUCUAUCGCCGAGACUAAAAUCUAACACGAUACAUGCCAUGACUUCAAAAACAGGGUUAGAAAAUCAAGGUUUUGCUACCAAAGCUAUUCAUGCAGGACAAGAUCCAUCGCAAUGGAGCCAUCGUGCGGUUGUGCCACCUUUGGUAAUGUCCACAACAUUUCAGCAUGAAUAAUUCAUUAAAAUAGGCUAUGAUUAUGGUAGAAGCGGCAAUCCAAUACGCAAUGUGCUAGAGACAUGUCUGGCUGCUCUAGAUGAUGGCAAACAUGGUUUUGCCUUUUCAUCUGGUUUAGGUACAACAACUGCAAUUACUGCUUUAUUGCAAGCAGGAGAUCAUCUUGUUGCUGGAGAUGAUCUUUAUGGUGGUACCAAUCGGUAUAUCCAAAAAUGUUUAAAAAAUCAUGGCGUCACAUACUCCUUCAUAGAUAUAACUAAAGUAGAGAAUGUUAUAAAUGCCAUACAACCAAAUACAAAGAUGGUAUGGCUAGAGUCACCAACAAAUCCUUUAUUGAAAAUUACAGAUAUUAAAGCCGUCGCUGAUAGCUUAAAGUCUCAUCGUCAAGACAUUAUUCUAGUCGUCGAUAAUACAUUCUUGACAUGCUAUUUCCAGAAGCCACUUGAACUCGGUGCCGAUAUAGUGAUGUAUUCGCUAACGAAAUAUAUGAACGGUCAUUCAGACGUCAUUAUGGGAGCUGCGAUCACGCGCCGAGAUGAUCUCGCGGAAAAAUUGCGAUUCUUACAAAAUGCCAUGGGUAUUAUUCCAUCGCCCUUUGACUGCUCUAUGGUCAAUCGAAGCUUGAAGACGCUCGAACUCAGGAUGCAACAGCACAUGAAAAACUGCCUGGCUGUAGCAAAGUUUCUGGAAUCUCACCCUUGCGUUGAACGAGUGUUUCAUCCAUACCUACCGUCCCAUCCGCAACAUGAACUGGCUCUCAAGCAAACAACAGGUCACAGCGGUAUGGUUUCCUUCUAUCUGAAAGGUGAUGCGCGAAAAUUUCUAAAAGCUUUAAAGGUCUUCAUUUUAGCUGAAUCCUUGGGAGGUUACGAGUCGCUAGCCGAAUUACCAUCCGUUAUGACGCACGCAUCUAUACCCGAAGAUAUGCGAAUUGCAUUAGGUAUAACAGAUAAAUUGAUUCGUUUAUCUGUCGGUAUCGAAACAGAGCAGGAUCUCAUAGCUGAUAUCAAACAAGCAUUAAUUGCUUGUCAAUAAACUAACAAAUGUAAUUAGAUAACCACAAAAAUAAUAUAUAUUCUGAUCUGUAUACUAACUCUGUUAAUGUAUAGCUGAUAUCAUAAACCUCUACAAAUUUGUCAAAGAUUUUCAUAAACAUGCAAAUACUUUCUAUCGAUAUCAAUAGGUAUAUAAAGAGAUUUUAUUUUUAUAAACAUUUUUACAUUCCAGUUCUCUCAGAUUUACAUUAGGAACAUUAGUACAACAUAAUAAUCAAAUAUUUUUUGACACAUGUACAUCACACUCAUUCCGAUUUUUUUUGGUUGCCUGUGUACUUGCAUCAGACAUGUGUAUGAAUAUGUGCAAAUAUCUUCUAAAGUCCAGAGACAAUAAUUGUAUUUUAGAAUGACAUUUUUAGUAGAUCACAGAAAUUACAAUACAACUGGCAAAAAUUGCUAGAUUUGACAAACAUAAUUUUCGAUUGAGCAUUUUGUCUUAACAUAUUUCUGAUAUUAGUGAUAUAUGUUAUCCCAUAUUCUCCACUGAAUGAAAUACUGCUGUAUAUAAAAAUUCGGGAUAUUUGUACUACCAAUAUGCAAUAAGUUUGGUGCAGUAACACACAUUUCUCUUUUCACAGUAUAGACAUUUGUUUUGUUUUUGAAAAAUUGUUUCACUGUAAAUUGAUCUUCGAUGAGUGUCGUAACUUUGUUCUAUUCAUCUUGUCGUAUUCUUGCGCCCGAUUGUAUAGCAACACUCCCGCUAUCACCGAGGAGGUGCCGAGCGCUGAUAAUCCCGUUACCGGAUUAUUAAAUAAUAAGACGGAGAGCCAUAUUAGAAAAGCUCUCUUUGCAGUAUUAGCAACACUGCAAUAUCACUUUGUGCUUUAAAAUCAUAUACAAGAAAAAUAUAUUCUAUUAUA